AUGGAUAGUGAUGACCAACUUGAUGACAAUGAGGUCCUUGAUGAUAUUGGAGAUGAACAGGAGCCUCCAAAUGAAGGUAAUCAUGAAAGCAGUCCAACUAUGGCAGUCCAUCAACCUUCAUCACUAAGCUUUUCACAGAACAUGUGGGAUAAUAUGAUUGAUCCAACCCCACCAUUUGAAAAGCCCACUCAGAGUAUUUGGGACCCUACCCAAGAGUUUUAUGUGGGCUUGCUUUUUACCGAUAAGGAUGAACUACAAGCUGCUGUUAAACGCUAUCAUAUCAAGAGGAACCAAAUAUUUUGUAUAAGAGAGUCAGAUCCAGAAUGUUGGUCUGUAAGGUGCAAAAAUUGUUCUUGGCGUUUUCAAGCAUGCUUCCGGGCUACAUAUGGGUUAUUUGAGGUUAGGAAAUACAAUGGUCCACACACAUGUACAGAGUCCACUCUCACACAAGAUCACGAGCAAUUAGACACCCAUGUUAUUGAGAAAGAGUUGAGGGAUGUUGUCAAAAAUUAUCCAACCAUAAAGAUUGCUUCACUUCAACAGACUCUUUACAAUAAGUACCAAUACAGGCCUUCUUAUUUUAAGGUGUGGGAGGCAAAAGAGAAAGCAAUUGGUAGAGCGUUUGGUGAUUGGGACAAAUCUUACCAAUUAUUGCCAAAAUGGUUGAAAGCUUUGACUGAUUCAAACCCGGGCAGCAGGGUUAUUUGGAGAACAAUACCUGCUACUAUGCCAGGCUGUGCGAUAUUCGAAAGAGUGUUCAGAGCUUUUGGUCCAUCAAUUGAAGGUUUUCAACAUUGUAGGCCAGUAAUUAGUAUUGAUGGAACUUUCCUAUAUGGUAAGUACAAAGGUACGUUACUGAUUGCAUCAAAGUGGAAUGGUGACAACAGACUUUUUCCACUUGCCUUUGCCAUUGUGGAGAAGGAAACUGAUGAUAGCUGGUAUUGGUUUUUGCGUUGUAUUCAGAUUAAUAUCACUAAUCGGGAAGGGUUAUGUGUCAUAUCUGAUCAUUAUCCUGGUAUAAUUGCAGCGAUACGGACUAUAUGUCAAUCGACACGUUGGUAUCAUCGUUUUUGCCUUCGCCAUGUGGCUAGCAAUUUCAAUCAACAAAUUGGGAAUAAAAACUUGAAGGCUAUGGUAAUGUGGGCAGGCAUGGAGAAUCAGUUACGAAAGUAUCAAAUCACUAGGGAUAGAAUUACUCAAUUAAGUGCAGAUGGUGAGAAGUAUUUAAGGGAAAUACCGGUGGAAAAGUGGACGUUAGCAUACGAUGGUGGACAUCGUUAUGGGGCAAUGACCACAAACUUGUCUGAAAGCUUCAACGGAAUUCUAAAGAGUGCUAGAAAUCUACCCAUAACUGCAUUAGUUGAACUUACAUACUAUCGUUGUGUCACCUACUUUGCCGAUCGGUAUACUAAGGCAUGUGCAGAGGUUACUGCCGGUGAACGCAUUACGGCCUAUGCAAAGAAUAAAUUCAAUAAAUGGGAAAAAAAGGCACCAAAGCAUUCAGUUACUGUGUUCAGUCAUGAAGAUGGUUUGUUUGAAGUCAGAACACCAAUAAACCCUAACUCUGCAUAUAGGGGUAAUCAUCGUCAUGAGGUAAAUUUGAGGCAGAACACUUGUAGUUGUCAAAAAUGGCAGGUUUAUUAG